CCUCUCCCUUCUCCCUUCUCUCUUUAUACACAACAACGCACAGCUGAAAUUUCUCAAAAACAAACACAAACCCAAAAUCCGAUUUUACUCAUUUGCCCUUUUAUGAAAACAUGGUCGAUUUAAAUUGGAAUGCAAAAAUGGUUUCCUCCGAUCUCUCAAACAAGUCACCAAAGCUCUCUAACAAACUCCACGUCACCAUCCCUUCCACCACACCGUUUCGCGGUGUUUCUAAUAUUUCCCCCGUUUCUGCUUCCGACUCCGCCUGCGCCGCCUACGACCACUACCUACGGCUUCCGGAGUUGCGAAAGUUAUGGAAUUCUAAAGAUUUUCCUGACUGGGAAAACGAGUCGGUUUCAAAGCCGGCUUUACACGCUUUAGAAAUCACUUUCCGGUUUGUUUCGACGGUUUUAUCGGAUCCGAGACAGUACACGAACCGUAAGGAAUGGAAACGCAGAAUCGAGUCUCUCGCUACUUCGCAAAUUGAGAUUAUCUCUCUCCUCUGUGAAGACGAACAAGAUGAUGUAGAGAUACGCGGGACGGCUCCGAUCGUCGAUUUAAGCUCAUCGAACGGCGUUUUAGCUCGCGGCGGAAGCUACGCUGAGGUGUGGAAGGUCUCACCGGAAACCACCGUCGUCAACAGAACCAGCGAGAGCAGCCUCUUGCCUCGUCUUGCCACGUGGCAGAAAUCUGAAGAUAUCGCGUUGAAAAUUCUUUACUCGAUUGAAUGUGAAAUGAGAAGGUGUCCGUACACAUUGGGUGUUGGAGAACCAAAUUUAAGUGGGAAGCCUAAUCUCGAUUACGACACCGUUUGUAAGCCCAACGAUGUGCAUAACCUAAAGAAGUGUCCGUACGACAAUUUAGAGAAUCACGAGAAUCAAACAUUAUACACGACGCAUCAGAUAUUGGAGUGCUGGAUUCAAGUAGCAAAGGAGUUGAUCAAUCGCGUGAUUAAGAGAAUCGAAAGCAAAGAACUUGAUAAAGCGUCAAGCGACUGUUAUACAAUUGAAAGGAUUUGGAAGGUUUUGACAGAAAUUGAAGACUUGCAUUUGUUAAUGGAUCCCGACGAUUUCUUGAGGUUGAAGAAACAGCUGGUUAUAAAAUCAGAUAAUGAAACAGCACCAUUUUGCUUUAGGUCAAAAGCACUAGUGGAGAUGACGAGAAUGUGCAAGGAUUUGAAGCAUAAGGUGCCUGAGAUUUUAGGGGUGGAGGUGGACCCAAAUGGAGGGCCGAGAAUUCAGGAGGCGGCGAUGAGAUUGUACAGUGAAAAGAGAGAGAGUGAGGUUGAGAAGAUACAUUUGCUACAAGGGUUGCAGGCCAUGGAGGCUGCAUUGAAGAAGUUUUAUUAUGGGUAUAAGCAGUUAUUAGUGGUGGUUAUGGGCAGUUUAGAGGCUAAAGGGAAUAGGGUUUUGGUGAGUCCUGAAAGUUGUGACCCGUUGAGUCAGUUGUUUCUUGAGCCUACCUUUUUCCCUAGUUUGGAUGCUGCCAAGACCUUUUUGGGUGACUUUUGGAGCCAUGAACAUGGCGGUUGCGGCGGUGGGGUGGAGAAACGGGAUCGGAGGAAAUAGUCAUGUGGUGGAAUUGGUGGCUGACUCGGUUUUGACCGACUCAGCUAGCCGUGUGUUAGAAAUUUCUAGCUUAAAAUGAAAUAGAUACACACGAUUGUUUUUUUUUUUUUUAUAAUUAUUUGUAACAUAUUUUGAAAUUUUUUAUUUAUUGCAACAAUUUUACAUGUUAUUAAAAUGCAAUACCCUUCAACUUA